UUAAUUACUACCAUUAAAAAAAUCAAAUUUGCAAUUCUUUGGGUGGCCUGAUGGAUUCCCUGAUUGACAGCCGGAAUUGACACUCUGGUACCUCUUAUCUCGGGCAUUUACGGCAAUUUCUAAUUGCAGGUAGUUUGGGGGGUUUUUCAGCGCCUUGGCUCGCAUGGGAACCGAGCGAUUACUUCAAGAGGCCCGGGUUAAGUGCAGGCAGGGGGAGAAUUCAAUCCACAUUCAAAUUGCUUCAUUAAAGAGACGCAGCUUUUGUUGCAAAGGAUUUAAAUGGCCACUAGAAAGUUCUUAUUUAUUGUUUUGAGGCGGUUUAUAUAGGGUGCCCCGCGCUCGCCCGGCGCAUGGAGCCGCAGCCUCCCUCUCCCGCUCUCUCCAUCAAGGUGAUGCCGCCGGAGCCGCUGCCCAAGGGGAGUGCCCGCUGCCUCGAUCCACACUCCCGCGCCAUGUCGCAGCCCGACGGGGAGCCGCUGCCCGGCGCCCUGGAGAAGGAGGACGCCCGCUCAGCGCCCAGCACCCCGUCCACGCCGUCCGUCUGCUCCCCGCCAUCCUCCUCCUCCUCCACGCCGUCGGCCGGCAAAAACGUCUGCUCCAGCUGCGGACUGGAGAUCCUCGACCGGUACCUGCUGAAGGUGAACAACCUCAUCUGGCACGUCCGGUGCCUGGAGUGCUCCGUGUGCCGCACCUCGCUGCGCCAGCAGCACAGCUGCUACAUCAAGAACAAGGAGAUCUUCUGCAAGAUGGACUACUUCAGCCGGUUCGGUACGAAGUGUGCCCGCUGUGGCAGGCAGAUCUACGCCAGCGACUGGGUGCGGCGAGCGCGGGGCAACGCCUACCACCUCGCCUGCUUCGCCUGCUUCUCCUGCAAGCGGCAGCUCUCCACCGGAGAGGAGUUCGGCCUGGUGGAGGAGAAGGUGCUGUGCCGGAUCCACUAUGACACCAUGAUAGAGAACCUCAAGAGAGCGGCAGAGAACGGCAAUGGGAUCACGCUGGAGGGGGCUGUGCCCUCGGAGCAGGACAGCCAGCCAAAGCCAGCCAAGAGAGCCCGCACCUCCUUCACGGCCGAGCAGCUGCAGGUCAUGCAGGCACAGUUUGCUCAGGACAACAACCCCGACGCGCAGACGCUGCAGAAGCUGGCGGACAUGACGGGGCUCAGUCGGAGGGUCAUUCAGGUUUGGUUUCAAAACUGCAGAGCCCGCCAUAAAAAACACACCCCCCAGCACACGGUGCCGCCCUCGGGAGCGCCCCCGUCCCGCAUCCCUUCCUCGCUCUCCGACGACAUCCACUACUCGCCCUUCAGCAGCCCCGAGCGGGCCCGGAUGGUGACGCUGCACGGAUACAUAGAAAGUCAUCCUCUUUCAGUACUGACUGCCCGGACUCUUCCUCACCUGCCCAUGGCCCUACCAGCACCACUGCCCCUCAGCCGCUGACACGGCGUCCAGCCCACGGCACCUGGUAUCAGUCCCACAGGAGAAGCUCAGACCCAGCGCUCUCAGCUCUUCCCAUUGACCAGCACCUCACGCCCACUCCGACUUCUCCGGCGACACUCUGUGUAUGUGUGUGUUGAGUGCAGAGUUACAUUUGACACUUGUUUCUUGUGGACUUGUAGAAUGACCGUGAGUCUCUCCGAGGCAGUGCCAGACACAGUCAAAACUAGUGACUCUACUGUGCUUGCAAACCUUGCUCCCAAACCCAUGGGAAUAUGAACAACCCAGAACACGCUGAGUCUCAGGGGGGUCGAUGAUCACCUCUGAACACAAAGGAAGGAGGAAUUUACGUGGUUUGGCCUGAUUCUCUUUUUGCACCAGUGAAGCGGUUCCCGGACAUCCCUCCUUAUUUCCACUUGCAUGUGUGAAAUCUGAAAUGGGCUCUUUGGCUCAGCAACUCGAUACAUAGACAGACCUUCCUGAGCCAAACUCACAGAUAGCCGAGACUCCACUAAGUGGAAAACACGAUGCCAGCUGGAAAUAGGCAGUUUUUCUUCCUCCUCAAAGUGCUUUAGAAUCACAUGUUCUUUGAUCACUCAAAGGUAAGUAAAUCUUAGUGUUUUUCCCCCCGUUUUAUAGGAGGGGAAACCGAUAUGUCCUAAACGGAGAGGAACCAUGGGGGUUGGUGGCAGAGCCAGGUUUAGCACCCUGAAGUUUUUGAUUGCUGACUUGUUCUUAGAACAUGGAAUAUCUCUCUCCUCUCACAGCCAUCUGCCAAUUUUUUUUUUUUUUAAGUUUUUUUGCUCUUGUUCUUUAUUAACAAACUACUUUAUUUCCUUGGAGUCAUAUCAGAUCACAAAUGGGUGAUUUCAGAAUGUACCUACACAAAACUCUCAGACUCUCCAUACUCUGGGACUGGGAAAUGCUCAGUGGAAGGUGACCGUAAAGGUGUAGAAAUGUUCUGCCCUGCUGUGGACCCAAGUUCAAUCAGUGGACACAGUCAGGUAGAAAGUGGAGACCAGUUAAAACGGUGAAGACCACACUGAGGCCAGCAGGAGCGGUCACUAGCCGAGUGGACAGCGAGGUGGUGGCGUGUUCCUUUGUCUGGCAGCGUCGCUUGGAGUCCCUCUGCCCUCCUGUUGUUCUCCCUUGCUGGAGUGCAGCUGGUGAUCCUGCCAGGCCCUGGGAUGAAGGUGCAGCCAGAACUGCUGCCGGCGGGCUCACAGCAACAGCAAAGGAAAUGCUCAGCAGUCUGGCCCCGGGUCAGGAAAAAGACUCCAAAACGAUCCUUCAUUGACGGUAACAACAGAAAGUAAACAAGUGACCUCUGCCAGCCCUUCUCAGUUUGCACCGAGCCAAGAGCAGGUCUGUAACAAAACCUCUCUCCACGCAAGCACACGGGCCUGUCCUGCUGCUGAGUGUCCGUGAGGCCGCGCUUCCGAGAAUGUGAAAGCCCACCAUGAGCCACAGCCCGCGAGGGGAAUGACUGAUCCGUGCCCCGGGAGCAGGAGACGGGAACCCAUCCCUUGCAUAACUUGUUUUUAAGUCGAUCUGUACAUACACGUGUUUUCCUCUCCGGGAGAUCCUGGAUCCAUCUCCAGCCUCGGCCGGAGGGCAGCCGUCCAUCCCACUGCUCCGGCCAGUCCCUGCUGCACACAUGGCAAGGCUUCUCCUGAACUCCCUGAACUCCCUGUGACACCAGCGGCCAGACACGUGGCCUGAGGAGAUGGGGGUGUCUGCUGAGGUGGCCACCAAGGUCUCUUGGUUUGAGGAGCAGCUGAGUACAAGCACACCUUGAUAUUGGUUGGAGCAAACACAUAUGUACACACACACUGUGCUGUGUGUGUAUACUGAGAGAGUGAUGGUGCUACCUCGGACAGGUAGGCCAGUAUCUGUCUAAUUGCAGCCAGCAGCUCUGUCCCCAGUUUAAAAUAACAUUGGAAAGGAGAGAGGGAAUUAACUCCAGAAAAUAUUAUUGUCACCUCCAGUGUGUGCCCAGGGACGAGGCACUGCCUGCCCUGACUGGAAGCAGCGCUGCAGAGGUGUCCCCUUGGGGAGGGGACGGUCACCAGUCACAGCAGUUUUUGUCCCUGCCCGUAGCAAUGAGUGAAGGAGUGGUGUUCCCUUCAUUGGCUCCUGGUGAGUGUUUGUAAUCACAGGUUGAGGUGGUUGCUGCGUUCAUGUGCAACAGCCUUGAGAUGCUGGUGGGGGUCAGGGGGGGUCACCGCGGCCAACUUUGUUCUCCAUUUGUGCUCACGUAUCCUAAUGACCAUUUAGUUGUGGAAUUCGUGCCGUUAUUUCAUUUUAAGACUGAAGGAGAGACUUCAGGCUGCAACUUGCCCUGACAUCCCACAGUCCUUGAGAUUUCCACAGCUGUUUUUGUGGAGGGAGAAAAGGGUUCGAUGUGUUUCUCUUCUGUCUCGGUGGUGCAAUGAAAGGAAAACUAUGAAAUAUGGAUCUGCUAAAUACCAACUCCAUCAAAAGAAACCCCACCUGUGAAAUGUACUGUCUGUCCAAGGGUUUGUCACCGAUCCCACGGCAGGGCCGGAGCGCGAGGCAGGGGCUGAGGGGGUGUAGGUGUUUCUCUCCAGGGACGUGGGCUCACUACAGACUGUGCUUGGGGCACUUCCCCCCAUAAGUAGCCAGGAGCAGCUUUGCUAAUUCAGAAAUCAGGCUCUGUUUAUAUUAAGCCCAAAUUGUUUGCAAAAACUGGAAGCAAUUCAGCUUGUGCAGUUUUAGAGCUAAUUAUGUGUAUGGAAAAUACUCAACUGUACCAAGAAUGUAAGAAAUCUUCUAAUUUAUUCAAUACAUUGUUUCACAACAUAUUUCACACUGACUGUUGCCACUGAACCAAACCUUAUCUCAGGUCAUUUGCAUUCAUCUCCUGUCUGUGGAUUUAAAAAAAAAAAUAAAAUUAAAGUCAUUCUCAUUUUCUUAGUUUAUUCAGUAAUUGCCAGAUGGGUUCUGGUGCAGCAAUGCAGACUCCACGCACUAAACUUUUCCAGUUGCUAUUUACAAAGCCUUUUGCAGACAGAACCCACUGAGGACAGCCAGUGAAAGGCUCUUCACUCCAGUUUAUUAAGGUAACUAAUACAGCUCGGCUCUGGAAGUGGAAUGGUUUAAGGUUUUAUAUCACCAGUGAUUUUUUUUGGCUCAUGCUGGUUAACCCCAGUGCCUGAGCUAAAGGUGCUUACACAACUCACUCGUUGGGAUGGGAGUGGGAACCAAUCCUGCACUACUAUCAGUGAUUUAUCUGUAGGAUGCCAACUAAACACCAGUUUUAUUUCAUCUGCCAAUCAUUUUGUUGUAGCAUGUUGCAAUUCUGCAUGUCUUGGCUACAAUGGUUAAAAAAUUUUUUCUCUGAAUGAGUGGACAGUCAAGACUAAUAUUUAUUUUAAAAAAGUAAAACUAAAUUGUAAGCACUUUUUUGUAAAACCAAUGUCUGUUUUGUUACAUACUUUUAAUGUUGUGCUUUGUAAAUGUCUUAUUUGUGUAAUAAAUAAAGUUAAUGCAAGUAGAAGUGCUGGCACUUACAUCCAGAAAAUGAUGUAAUUCCAUUUUAUUUUAUUUUUAAAUACUUUCUGGCUUACUAAUCAAGCAGCAACCCACCCAGUUUUCCUCUUUUAUUAUUUUGUUAAACUCUGGCUUCAGGAGAGUUCAACAAACGUUCGUAGUAAAUGGAUAUAAUUUCCUAGUUAGCAAACCAGUCAUUAAAGAAUACCUCUGGUGUACAUUAUUACAAUGAUCAAUCAAUAUCAAAGUACUGAGCAAAAAGAGAGGAAAGGAAUUCACCAGGACAGCUAACUAAAAUCUGGGAAAAUAAUGUUGAUUAAGAUGGAUUUGAAUGACUUCAACACCGAAUCUGAGGCACUCCUUUUAACAAAUUGUUUUCAGGCUUAAUAAUGUUUAUACAUACUACACUGCACACCUCUCAGGAAUAUUAUUGUGAGUACAGUCGCCUUUUUUUCCAUGGCUUUUGCUCAGCAUGACUGAUUAAAUGAUUAUUUCCAUUUUUGUUUGUGCUGACAGAGAUGACAGAAAGAUUAUAUUCCUGUCGAGGGAGAGGGUGAGACAAAUCCACGAGGACAAAUUGCGUUUAUUGUGACUCAGAUUACCUGCUUUGCUGGAAUAUUAUUGUCUAGCGAGAUCGGGUUUAUGCUUUCGGUUUGUGCUCAGCUCUUCCACCCCCAGCUUUCCGGCAGGUCCGAGUGAUCCAUUCAUGCUCAUCAUCGUCUGAAAGGGAGAUAAAGAGAGCGCUGAACAUCCCCGUGUCAGAGCUGCUCUCUGCAGCACCGGGGUCCAGCUCAAACAAGCAAUUUUUCCUUUGUAAAGCAAAUCCAUUUUUAGCCGUUGUCAUCUCUUAGAACACUUUGUUGUUGUUGUUGUUGUCGGUUGUUUAAAAGAUCGUGGCUGUUGUGAGGGAAUUUGUCGAGGCAGGAGGUGCUGGAUCUGUGGCAAGGACUGAUUUAUUUGUCUGUUUGAAAAGCUCAGCUUGGGUGAACUGUAAGAUUUACAUGUAUAGAUUUUAUAUUUUGUGUUCUGGGCGAAACAUGCAGGAGAAGCGUUGAAACUCUCAGAAGUUAAUAUAGACAUUUUUUAAAACACUGUGCCUGUGUUGCUUGUCAGUUUGUGAAAAAUCAUGGUAAAGGAAAAUCAAUACUAAAACCCCAGGUUUUUGUCUUCCAGCUUCUCUUUCCAUGCUGUUUUUGAGAUGUACGUUGUGGCAGGUAUCCAUAAGCUGAUGCAGUGGCUGACAGACGUAUUUUAGACCAUCUUCUGUGUCCCUUGUUAGUAUUCAUGUCUGUCGUAUUUAUUCUGAGAGCAUAAUGACAGUGUGGAAGGAAAAUAAAAGCAAAGACAAUGUAGGGAAAAAAAAAUAACUGCCCAGCAAAGUUUGAAUGGAAAUUUUGUGUAUGAUUACAAAAAAAAUAGCCUGGUGAAUGUUAAGUUGUGGCUUCUUAAUUCCAGGGAUUUAAACAGUCUUGUCUCCAGAAACUGUUCUGCAGCCUUUUCUUUUGUGUUGGUGUAGGGAAAAGGAGAUCUAUGUAGUAAACCAGGAAAACCAAACUUCAAAGAGCCUUGGAAAAAAUCAAAGUAUUACUUAAAACAAUAUCUGUAUUUAUUUUUAUAUAAGUGAAAUGUAUUCGAGCUGCUUCUUGUGUUUACCACUGUCUUGACCAAUCCAUAUUAGGUGGUUGUGAUGUGUGUUUCUAACCUGCCUCAGUCUAGAUUUUGAGAAAGAAUAGAUGAUUGGGAGGAGGAUGGAGCUGAGGGGGCUGUGACCUUGUGCUGUGACCAUCCUUUGGCACAGGCCACAGCCCCAUUUAUUCAAUUCACACACUGAGCACCCUGCUUAGGUAGGUCAGAAAGAUGGAGAAAAAGCAUGUUCCCUGGAAGAAGUCAAAUUUUGAUGGAGAUCUUUUGGCUGUGGAGUUGUGCCUUGAGAUUAAAGUGACAGAGGAGCAUUUGAAAUGCAAAAGGUAGGAAGGUCCCAGGAAUGAACUGACUGAAUAAUCAGCUGUGUUGGGUUAAUCUAAGAACUCUGUGACAAAUUCAGUCUGUUGGACAAGUCAUCAAGCUGGGGGGUUAAUCUUAUUGAUCAGCUUCGGUGGGGAGGGUCCACCUUUGAGCAGCACCCCAGUGGCUGUGAAUGGGCUGAGGGCACACUGGGGCUGCCAUUGUUCCCACAGAUCAGCCACAGGUCGCUUUAAUGACUGGAAAAUGGUCAUGAUUUGGGUAGAAUAGCCAAGUUCAGCUCUUUCUGUGUUUCACUGAUCUCUUUUUUUAUUUCUUAUACCUAGGAAUCCAUAGGUCCGUAAGGAAAUGCCCUGUUAAUGGCACGUUUCUUGUUGGGGUAUAAACUAGGGGGAAAACAGAUGGGGAAAAAAUAUGCUAAAAGGGAAAUGAAAGAGAUGAGCACUGAAUCUUGCUUAAAGACCACGCAAUCCAUAGAGGCAGAUUCCACUGAGGGCUGCAACAGGAAUGCAAAUGUGGUCCUUAAGCUUUCUUAAAAACAACAGCCAGGCCAUAAUCAAUGUGCUGGCUUUUGUUCUAUGCACUAGGUGUUCCAGGCAGUAACCAUGUUAUCACGUGAGCCCUGGCUGCAGCACAGAUUGUCCAGCCUGGGUGGCUCUGAGAUUUUAGCUGGAAUUGACUUAACUAAAAAAAAAAAAAAAAAAAUAAA